CUGGAUGUUUGCGCAAAAUAAAUACAUGUUCAACUAAAUUGCGUACCUUCAUUACUAUCAAAGUAGCAAUAUAAAAAUUAACUAACAAUUAUCCGAAAAUGCCGGAUUCAUCUUUCAAUUUUUUGGCAUUCAAAAGAUGGGAUUUUGUGGACGAGAACCUGAAGCAGCUCUUGAAUGAGAUCGUGCUGUCGGAUAAGUCGGAGGGGGACGACCAAUUUAUAGACGCCCUCCGACAACUGUCGCAGAUAGUAAAGCAAGAGUCGAAGGGGGGAGACUCGGAGAAGUGGACUCAAAUCAUUGACUUCCUGCAGACUAUGGGACUUGUUCAUGUUUUGGACUCCUUCCUCGAAAUGUAUGACCCAAUCGAGGACACGAGUGUAUACCUAGCACUGAUCAAUUUACUGUUCGCAUUCGGAGACAACAUCAACAAAGUGUUCCCCCACUUGUACGAGUCGCCUCUAUUCGCAAAGAGUUUGGGCGCCCUUGACAGGUUUCUGGACGACUGUGACGAAGUUAAUGCGAUGAUGUCCGAAACAGCUAUUAAAACAUUCCUCAAUGUUUUCGAGAAGAUUUUGAAAAAUGACCCCCAGUCCAAACUGAAAUUCCAAGAAAUGAAUGGAGUUGAAAUUCUGAUGAAAUGCAUGAACAUUAUUUCCGAAGACAAUUCGAUCAAAAUAUCUGCCAUGUUAAAUCUAGCAAUAUCGUCGGAUAUGAGUGAUGAGUACUCAACUGAAAUUUUUGGAGUUUCUGAAACAGCUCUGAAGAAUCUUUUCGACAAUAUUCUUUUAUAUGCCACAACUACAACAACCAACACCAACGAUUUCACAAAGUACAUCGAUAAUGGUUACAAAACUAUGGAAAUUGUUCAAUUUUUUGCGAGAAGCGAAUCAAAUUCGGCUAAGUUGGUUCACGAAACUAAUCUGCUUGAUUUGAUUGAGGUCAUUUUCAAAUCAGAGCAAGACAAAGGUGACAUGGUUAAGAAAGGACUGGGUAUUUUAUGGGAGUUGAGCUUCGAAAAAAGCAACAAGCAAACGAUAUGCGACAGAACAGCACUUAUGAAGUUGUUAGACGAACUGACAAAUGCAGUUCGUGAAGGAAAUGAAUCAGAGUCGAAUUUAGCGAGGAACAUUCUUUGGCAGUUAUCACAAACACACAAUUUAAGUCAAGGAAGUGAUUCGAAGUUGCCGCAAGAAAUCUCUCCGAGCUCAGAAGGCAAUCAGCUUCCCUCCGACAUUUUGGAGCAACCCGGAUCCUCACCUGUAAACCCAGGGACAACAUUAAUCUCCAGCCAACAUGUAAUGAUAAGUUACUCCUGGGCACAGCAGGACCUCGCCUUCAAACUGCAGAGGUACCUGGAAAAGUCGGGAUUUCGGGUUUGGAUUGAUGUUGAACAGAUGCAAGGAUUCCUGUGCGAGCGCAUGGCAGAAGCAGUGGAAGACGCUUUCGUAGUGGUCAUGUUGGUUUCAGAAGACUACCGAGUGAAUCAUGCUUGCAAAUCAGAGGCGAAUUAUAGCUACCAGCUUAAGAAGCCAUUAGUACCUGUAAUAGCCCAGUCCAACUACAUGCCGAUGGGAGGCUGGCUCAGCUUCAUGAUCGCAGGCAUUCUCUACUACAAAAUGUACAAUGACAUCAACUUCGACCAAAAUUUCCCAAAAGUGUGUCAAUAUAUAGCUAGCCUACAAAAGGGGCCAAAUAACAAUGAGCAAAUUAAAUCAUCAGUAUCACCAGAAACUCAAAAUUGCGCGCAUGCACAAAAAUUACCGAUUGCUGCUGAAAACGGUACUGCAGAUAUAAAAAACACAUCAAGCAACAUACUUGUCAAUGGAAGUCCUGCUUAUAAUUACUCAAAUACUACACAGAAGAAUGGAGAGAGUCAAGGGGUUGAAGAAAUUGACGUCAGUGAUCAAGUAGUUUUAAUAAAAAAUGAGACAGUGGAAACGGGUACUGUUGUGAAUGAAGAUAGAACGACGACUGCUAGUGAAGUCGAGAAAGAGGGAGCUGCGAGAACAGCCUCCACAGGUGCAACGGACUCCGAAAUUGAACUGUUGAUCACGUCCAGUGUAGACGAAGAGAACCGAUCAAGCUGCUGUAAUUGUUGCUCGAUUAUGUAAACAUUUGAGAAUUUUUAUGCACGAACUUUUAUAAUAAACAAGACUGCUCGUAUAUCAGGGCAAAGCCCUGAUUGUUCCGACGGUCCCGCAACUUAUAUCAAAUAGUUUUUGAGAUAAGGAAAUAAUGAAAACCUAUCAUCUUUGGACAAUAUCUAUGUGUGAAGUUUUGAGUUGUACGAAAUUAA